AUGUCACCUAGAUUUGUAAGAAACGAAAUACACCCAUCGCAAUAUAGUAAUCGUUCUCAAAAUGAUGAUUUUUAUUCAUCAUCUCUUCGAUCUUCUCCAUAUCAAAAAUAUAAUUUUCAAUCCAAGCCAAAAAACAAGACCAGAAAUAUUCAAAUUGACCUAAGUGAUUCCGAUUCAGAUGAAGAUUUACCAGAUCCCAAAAUUUAUAAUUCGAGUUCAGAUGAUGAUGAAAUUCUGAAAUCUGAUACAGAAGUAUUUAUAAAAGAUCUCAAAUCUUACAAAAAUUAUUUCAAUAACUUACCAUCUCCUUCAUUCAAUCGAAAUCAGUACAUUUUACCGCAAAGUCCGAAAUCUGCAAUCCAAAAGCGAGGAUUGUCAAUUUCUGGUAGCUCUAGUUCGCCUACAAAGCAUUUUGAUAAAAACGAUGUAAAAAUUUCAAAUCACUUUGAAAUUAGUGAUUCCGUGGCAUACGAAGCAAGUAAUGCUUCUCCAUCGAACUACAAUAACGAAAGUAAUGUCUACAGUGAAAACAAAGAUUGUAACGAGAAUCAAGAACAAUCAGAACCAAAAGAGAGAUCCAUUCCAUUAGAUGCUACGAGCACAAUUACUUUUGUAGAGCCAGAACCAAGCACUCAAAAAUCUCCAAGUCCCAAAAAAUUUAAGACAAAUGAAGAUAUUCACCAAAUUUUUAGAGAAUUACCACAAGUUGACUCAAUUAUACAGGAAAAUAAUGAUGACGAUGAUGAUAUGGUGUUCAUACCUCCAAAACCUGAUGAAGUUGUAAAAGGAGAUCCAAUGGAACUGUUUAAGAAGGAAUUUGUUUCACCAUUCACUGACGAUCAGAAAUCUUCAUUUGUUCCUAAAGCAUGGGAUACGCUUACAGAAACUCCUGCCGAAUUCUUUGAGACUUUACAAAAGAAUGAAGAUGACGAGAAAAUGAUGGCAGAUUCAGAAGGUUGGGGGCAGCCAAUGGAUGAAGAACAUGCAAAGCAAUUCUCGCUAACAGAGAUGGAUAAUCCGCCUGCAAAGAGAAUAAGGAGAGUCAGUUCUUCCAGGUCUCAGAAAACACUCCUCGACCAAUCAAUGAAUUCAGUUAGUAGUGAGUACAUGCCUCCUUCUAAAAGGAAAUCAAUACUCAUAAAUACAAAGGGUGGAGCAUUACUUGAAGAUUCCAUGCUAAUAAAUAUGGAAGAUAGUACUCAAAAUGUUUAUCAAAUGGCCGAAUAUGCAGAUUCUGAAAAUAUGGAUGAAAUGAAUUCCAAUCCUGAAUAA